GUCGGCCCAACCCUAAUUAAAAAAAAAAAAAAAAAGCCUUAACUCGUUUCUUCUUCUUCGCUCUCCGUCGCGCUUAUUCUUCUUCCUCUCACAAAACUCGCCCCUUCCUAUCGAUCUCAAUUUCGAUUUUUCCCAGGUUUCGAUACCAUCGUUUUUGCAUUAGAUGGGAACACCAGAGUCAUCACGAGAGCCAUGCCCUGACCGUAUCCUCGACGACAUCGGUGGGGCCUUUGGUAUGGGCGCCGUCGGAGGAGGUGCAUUUCAUUUCAUCAAAGGAACGUAUAACUCUCCCAAAGGCAGUCGCUUUAUCGGUGGCAAACAAGGGAUGACGAUGAACGCUCCUCGCGUGGGAGGUAGUUUCGCUGUCUGGGGAGGGCUCUUCUCUACGUUUGAUUGCUCCAUGGUGUACCUUAGGCAGAAGGAGGAUCCUUGGAACUCGAUCAUCGCAGGCGCGGCGACUGGUGGGUUUCUGUCUAUGCGUCAGGGGCCUAAUGCUGCUGUGAGGUCUGCGCUUGUUGGUGGGGUUUUGUUGGCUUUGAUUGAAGGAGCCGGGAUUGCGUUGAACAAGAUGGUGGCUGAGCCUCAGCAUAUGCAGGUGGAGGAGGGUAUGGCGCCUGGGAUGCCGCCGGGGAUGCAGCAGCAGGUGCCGAGUCAGGGGCAGAUGAUACCACAGGAGAAUACUGCUUCGACAUCGACGUGGUUUGGUGGUCUUUUUGGUAAGAAGAAUGAGGAGCCGCAGCAAACGAGUAGCGGAAGUGAGACUAAGGUGUUGGAGAGUUUUGAUGCGCCUUCUGUGCCAUCAUUUGACUACAAGUGAAGCUUGUUGAUCUCACUUACCUUUAAUGCUCGUCCUAUCCUUGUUCUUGGAACACUGAGCACUCUCUGACUUUAAAGUUAUGUCGCAUAACUAUUAUUGGUUUUUAAAUAAUGUAGUUUCAGAUUCUCAUAAUGAAUCACACGAGCUUCAGUGGAACAAUCUGGUCAAAGAUUCAAGUCACCUUGAUCAUUAAGUACAAGUAAAGCUUGUCUGUUGGUGGUGGAUACUUUAACAGUCUAUUAUUAUAUUUUGUCGAGUCGUCCUGUCCUUGUUUUUGGAACAAUGAGCACUUUGUGACAACUAUCGUUGGCUUUUAAAUAAUGUAGUUUUAGAUUUUUCAUUGUGAAUCCGAUGAGCUUCAAUGAAAUCAUCUGGUC